AUGAGGCAAAGAGAUGGUCUUGCUUGUAAUCAAGCUGUUUUCGCUGAAUUACCGGAUGGCGCUGAGAUUGACAUCGAAACAUUGAAAAAAUCAGAGAGAGAGUCUAUCUGGACUACAGCUGAAACAUCGCGUUUGCUGGUUAUGGUAGUAAGCCUACUCCAUAAAUCGUUGAUUCAUCACACAGCUGCUCAUACGAUUCUUGCUUUCGUUGCAAGACUAACGAGGGAUUCUAACUGUGCUGUCAAUUUCAUACAGCAAGGAGGAAUCCCGGCGCUCUUGCAAUUGCGAUGCUCUACCACACCAUCGACUUCCGUUUUGACAUCGCUUAUCAUUAGGCAAUGCAUCGAUGAUGAAAACAUGAUGGCUCAGGUGAUGGAGAAAAGUGUCAGGGUUGUGACAAAUCCGGUUCAAUCCACGCCUCUUUCCGAGUACCUUGGUAUGUCUGAGACAAAACCAAAAGAUUGGUGUGAAACGCUCAAUAAACUGGCUCCACUUUCGACAAGGUGUCCAUCCAUAUUUGUGAACACUAUGGAGAAGUCUGCGAGACUCGAUGGGACGUUGAUGGUUUCUACCUCAUCUAAACCGCAUUACUCACCACCAACUAGUAAUGAACGGACUCAACAGAUAGUGCAGUUGCUUCUUCGCGAAUGCUUGCAUGGAGAAUGGCCAUCUGAAAGUAGUGUACCUUUGGGGCAUACUAGGAUGGUAAGUCUCUUUUUCAGUGGUCAAGUAUUGUUGACAGCCAAGUCCCCUCUUGGUUUCAAUUUUUAUUUGCCUUGGCGCAAUCUACUGCGAGGUAGUGAGUGUACGUCACCGUCUCUAUGAAU